AGUGAAACGGGAAAAUAAAAAAUAAUACCAUGGCUUCAAAAGUCACAUUGCAGCAAGCCCUCGGUACAGAUGGAAGCGAUUUUCAUCACCGACAGAAAAUCGCGACACAUUAUCAAACUAGUGCCAUUAAUAAAUCAAGACUGAAAUACUGUAUAUUUUUUCAUUACAUAUUGUUCUUUAUUAUGCUGGCCAAAUUGUCAGCUGAUAUUUUAGAUAGAUUAAAUAUAUUUAUUUUAGAAAUAGAAGAGCUUCAAGUACCGCAACCUUUAUGGUGGGAGUAUAUAUGGUGCACAAGUUUGUUCCUAUCAUUCGUUGGGUUAUCAGCAGUUAGGAAAAACAAAAUCAAGAUACUACAACAAUAUAUGAUUGGCAUUGCAGUUUUGGGUUUUGGAUCAAUUGUAUUUGGAUUUAUAUAUUAUUUUAAAGAUGUUUAUGAAUAUUUGUCGACUGGAAAUACUCAAGAUAUUCAAAUGUGGCAGGAACUUCCAUACGGUGUUUUAUGGUAUGGAUUUAUUCUUACAGCAUCCCAAGUCCAUGGCUUUACUUUAUACUUUUCGUAUAAUCUUCUGGUUGCAUGGCAAACCAAAAGAACUCUUUAAUAAUUAGAUUUGGUAUAUGUAAAUAGAAAUAAUUUCAAAGUAUCAAUGGUACAAGAGGAAUAAAGAUAAACAUACUAUAUAUGUUUACAAAAGUGUGUGACACAUACAUAUAGUAAACAAUCAUUUAAUACAAAUCUCAUUUAUAAAAUAAUAGCACAUAAGAGAUUAUAUUUUAUAAUAAAA